GGUGACUGAACACGUUGGUAGUGCGUUUGUUGUGUGCGGAAAUUUAUAUUUAAGCAUGUUACAGAACACUACAACGUACAACCAAAAUGGAGAAUUAUUCUACAAACAAGGCAGACCACACUUUUUCACAAAAGCGUGUGUUACUUUGUGCCUUGUGAGGUAUAAGCGUAAUAAUGCCGGUGCUGAAUUCAGCGUAGAAUUUACAAAACUAAGUAGAGCUUUCCAGUUUCCUGGAAAGAAAAGCCUACAUUCCGAAGACAUGGCGCUGAGUGAAAUUAUGAGGACCGAGUGGACACAUGGCUGUGCAGCCAUCACAGUUGAGUUGUACAGCUCCUUCUCGCCGUGCGAGGAAUGCUGUACUCUGCUACAGGAUUUCAUUAAACAGCGCCCACGUUGCCGAGUGUUCGUCGCCUUCACGUGUGUGUAUCGAGGUGGUGACCGCAGACACAGCUGCGCCCUCCAGAAGCUGAACGGAUGCAGUAACGUCCAGCUGCUGGACAUUUUCACGGCCAAGGAGUGGCGUCUGCUGCGGGACAGACAGCAACUGUUUCUGUCACCAGUGGCGUUCCAUGUCACGCUAAUGUGGGACUGCUAUUGGCGAAGGAAACUGAUAGAAAUAUUAACCAUCAGUCCUCAAAUGGCUGUGAAUACUGGAAUGGUUCUGGGCACCGUAGAACCCCAAACGAGCGAUAUUACAACGGAUGGGGUGUCGCCAUCACGAAGGGGACUUCCUGACAUUACUGACCAUUAUAACUUCGGUUACGUUGCUACAGAGGACGAACUGAAAGUCAUGGAUGAUUUGGUAAAAGAUGCCAUGAGAAGAGAAGACAGGAAACAUCUUAUAUUGUCGGUAUCUCUAACGGUUGCUAUAGUAGCCUUCUUCAUAUACGUUCUUAUUCAUCUCGUGUGAAUCAGAGAAUCACUGCAUAAAAUGAGGAAACUAACAAGACUGUACGGUGUCUGUCUGUGAAGAAUUAGUCGAAAUGACUAGAAAAGUUCGACAAAACUCACACGGUUUCAUUCAUACCAGUUCUUCAUAGAAUUGCAGGGCAUAAUGCCAGUUAUGUUACGCAUUGCCAAGUGUCUGAUGUGAGUGGCCUGUACAGACAUGUUUGCGAGUUAUUUGUACAUCGUCUUUAGGUGACUCACUCGCUCACUCAUGAGGCUGAGCCCUUCUGAAGAAGCUGCCAAUUGUGCAGCUACUCAAGAACUUCCC